AUGCACCACGAACAUAUUCUAAUAGUACUAUCUUGGUCUCUACAGGUUCUGACGCAGAAUGUCGGUGUCCUGCUCAAUGUCAACAGGCGGGUGGAAAAUUGUAUUGGAGAAUAUCUAAGCUGUCAACAGCUUAAUUUUGAGCAAUAUUUGUAUUUCCUCACACACGAGGUGCUAGUUGAAGCUGAUGAUGGUUCAACACCAUACGGGGAGCUUAAGAAACAUCACGAUACCCUUGAACACACCUUUUGGCUUCUGGGACGAGGCACACUCUUACAACGACAUUUUCCAGUCUUCUCAGAAGAUGCCGUCUUCAAACUUUUUAGAAUAUUUUGUCUGCUGGCAGAUAGAUCGCCGGCAAGAAAAAGUCUCUUAGAGGUGACGCUAAAUAUUGUAGAAGUGAGGGAGGUGACGAGGCAUCUGAUCACAAGCCUAGGACGGGAAUGGGAUGCUCGUGACUUUACCCAACUAGCAACAUCAAUAUUGUACUUCACAUUUCCUGUUUUUCUUGCUUUCCUAGAGGGUCGUUAUGCACAAGAUACUGAAUCUGCUGCUCUAGAAAGGGCAGUUGAAGAAGUUUAUAAGAAGUUUGUGGAGCAAAUUCUAAAACAAGGAAAGAUAUACCAGCGAGCGUGGUGGGCACCAAUAUGGGUAAAACGAGAAAUUGAAUUACGACCUUGGGCACUAAUUGUCUCUAAUCACAUGGUUAAAGCACAAUCAGAAGCACUGGCUAAGGCUGUGGGCCGAACCCACAUAUGUCUCACUCCAUCAGCCACAGUGCACAACAUUCCUGAUGAACCUGGUGCCAGGCCGUGUAGGUUUACACUCUGUUUAGAAAGCAACAAACUUGUUGAACUUGCUGCUACUGAUCACAGGAGUAAGGCCGAGUGGUUACGAGCUCUAGAUGCUGCUAUACAUCACUCCAAGCAAAGUCUUCCAUAUCAAGCAACAAUGUCAGCUAUUAGAAAGAACGAAUAUGCAGAAGAAGAGGCUCGAGAAACUGCCGAGCGUAUUCGACGUGACUCACAAGCGGACAUCAUUGAGAACACCCAAGCUGAGCUCAUGGCUGAGAAACUGGCUCGAGCAGAAGCUGAGGCCACUGCGAGGGAGGAAGCUGCAGCUCGUCAAGCAGAAGAGAAGCGGGUACUGGAGCUUCAGACUCUAAGACGUCAACUGGAAACAUUGCUUGAGGAGGAGACUCAGGCAAAACGAGACGAAGAAAUUGUCAGGUAGUUAUAAUUUUUAUCAA